AUGAGUGCUUGUAUCACUGCAAAUCGCCGAAUUUUGGUCAAUAUUAUAAAUAUGGAGAAUCAUGAUGUCAAAACGGUAAUGGAGAAAGUGUCGGACGGCAUUGAUAAAGUACAUGACGUGAAGGGCGUACAAGCAGAGCCGACGCCUGCGGCGUCAUCGUUGUCAUUGCCUGUUUCGGAACAAGUGUCGCUCUCUACCGGAGAAAAUAUCAACAAAAAUAAUUAUAUUAAUAAGAAAACCUGUUCUAAAUUAUUAAUAAAAAAUUCUGGAAAAUUUGAAAGUGGUAGUGGUAGUGGAGAUCAGGAGGGAGGUCAGCAUGAAGAUGGAAUUGAUAUUGCAGCGAAAAAAAGAAAAACUCGUAGAGGUAAACCUAAACAUAGAAAAUUAAAACCAUAUUCAAAACAACAAUUAUCAUAUCAACAACAGCUGCGAUAUAGAUCUAGAGGUCGAUUAGCAAAAACUGGUAGACAACCUCCAGCACUAUAUAACACUACACAAUUUCUUAUGGAUGAUCACAGUGAUCUUCCAGAUCUUGACCAAAAGCUUUCAGAAGCUGCAUCAUCAGAAUUACCUGCUACAUUUCAAAAACCAUCAGCCCCCUCUCGUACUCGAGAUUCUAGUUUCAGUGUUGACUCUGAUGAAGAUUAUUUUUAUUCGUCUCCAGAAGACGAAGAAGAAUUCUUGACAAAGGAAUUCUCAACUGCAUAUGAAGAUCUUCAUGCUGAAAGAUUAAGCACAUUAAGUAAAUCAGAACUGAUACAAGAAUAUCUGCAAUUAGAAGCAAAAGUAGAUUUAUUAACAAAACGACUACGUGGUAAAAAUUUUCAUCAAACAGAACAACGAGACUUGGAAAGCAACAGUAGUAGUACAGAUUCAGAAUCAGCAAAAAAGUUAAAAAUCUGUCAACAACGAAUUGAUGAUUUAAUGCAACAAAAUGAACAAUUAAAACGAGAAAAUGAAUUAUUAAGAGCUAAAAGGGACGGCAGUCCAGUUUCAAGUGUUGAUAGCGAAAGCGACAGUGAUAGUACAAGUAAUGAGAAUAGAAGCAGAUGUAGUUGUCUCCUUCCAAAUUCUAGCUCUUCUUCAGAACUUAUGGGAUAUGUUUCUAGAAGUAAAAAUAGUCAAAGAAAGGAUAGUUCUGUCUCUAGUACUGAUAGUAAAAGUGAUACUUGUGAUAGUAGUUCAAGUGAGAAUUCUAAAGCAUCUAUGACCCCAGUUAAUCUUUCAAAUGGUCAUGUAACCAUUCAAAAAAUUGAUGGUCUCCCUACAUAA